AAUUAAUUAUUAUGGCACAAUAAAAUUAAUGGCAGAAGGAACAAGUUCAAGCAAAGACUUGAGAAAAUCUUUAAAGGAGCACUUUGGAUACUCUGAGUUCAAGACUUCACUUCAAAGAGAAGCUGUAGAGUGUGUUUUUGAAGGUAAAAAGGAUGUCUUCAUUUCUAUGCCGACUGGUUCAGGGAAGUCCUUAUGCUAUCAGCUUCCUGCUUUACUGGCAAAGAAAGGUCUAGCUUUAGUCCUAUCUCCUCUCAUAGCUCUGAUAGAGGACCAGGUAUCAUCACUACAAUCAAAGGGACUUCCUGCCGUCGCUCUCAAUUCAAAAACCUCAGCUUCCGAUCGCUCCAAGAUAGCGUCCCAACUCAAGCUAAAGUCUCCGCCUAUAAAACUACUCUAUGUCACGCCAGAGAUGGUCGCCACGUCUAAUUUCCGAGAGACGCUAACGAGGCUUCAUCGUAAUGGAGGUGUGGUUUUUAUAGCGAUUGACGAGGCACACUGUGUCUCUGAAUGGGGUCAUGAUUUCAGGCCGGACUACCUAAAGCUAGGAGAGUUGAGGGGUGUGGUCCCGGGCGUUCCGAUAAUAGCGCUGACAGCUACGGCCACGCCCAGAGUACAGGAGGAUGUUGUGCGUAGUUUGAAAAUGAGGGAGCCUGUUUCUGUUUUUAAGAGCAGCUGUUUUAGACCCAAUCUGUUUUAUAAUGUUAGUUUUAAGGAAACUCUAAAAGAUCCUUUGAAAGAUUUGUGUGAUUACAUCACAGAAGCAUUAACUAGCUCAACCACUGAAGGAUGUGGUAUUAUUUAUUGUCGUACAAGAGAAGGGUGUGGUGAGCUUGCUGGCCGAAUAACGAGCAAAGGGAUCCUAGCAAAACCUUACCAUGCUGGUCUUAAAUCUAAUGAAAGGUCACAGGUACAGGAGCAGUGGAUGAAAGGGGUUGUCCCUAUAAUUGUUGCUACAAUUAGUUUUGGAAUGGGAGUAGACAAAGCAAAUGUAAGGUUUGUAGUUCACUGGACACUACCUAAAGGUAUAGAGGCUUAUUACCAAGAGUCUGGUAGAGCUGGGAGAGAUGGUUUAAAGGCAUACUGUAGGAUAUAUUACUCAAGAUUCGAUAGAGACCAGUUAUUAUUUUUACUGCAAAAAGAAAUCUCAGAAAAAGAGACAAAGAAAGGUAAGUCACAGUUUAAGUCAGCCAGUCGGAGUAAAGAAGCUACAGAGAAAAGUUUUGAGACCUUAGUUAAGUAUUGUGAAGAAGCAAAUUGUCGUCACACCGUAAUUGCACAAUAUUUCAAAGACCCAAUCCCUGAGUGCAAAGACUUGUGUGAUGUUUGCAAGAUGCCAGCAGCAGUGAAAGAUGCUGUCAAGUCCCUCAAACUCUGCUUACCAGCCUCAAGGAAAAAGAAAGGGUUCGUUCGAGGAUCUUCUGCAGCUUAUUUUGAUAGUAUGGAUGGCUCGCUUUAUGAGGGAGGAAGAGGAACUGAUGGAUACGGGAGCAGUGAUGAAGAGUCCGAUGAGGAUUCCAGCAGUCGGAUCAAGCAAAUUCAAAAACGAAAAACUCGCGAGUUUUUUGAAGCCGAAUUUAGAAAAAGAAGGAGAGAAACGACCAGUCCUGAAGUAGAAGAACUUCCAAGUCCUGAUAGUAAUAUUAGAGAUCCUAGUCUAACCAAGAGAGUAUCUAAAUUGACGAUUAAAGUACGCGAACAUUGUUACGGUUUACUACUCAAGGCACUUCAAGACAACAGUGACAGCUGUAGCUGUUCCUCUGGGACACCUUCUGUCUUGCUUGCUGGCUCAAUCCAGACUAAAGCCAGCUGCAUCGAGUAUGAGGUUUUUAAUAAUGCAAAGUCAUCCGAAGUGUACAAAAUUCAAGUAUUAAAAAAGGUCUCUCUAAUUAAGCAAGCGACUAAAAAUGGUGAGAUUUAUACACUUAUGAGUAACGAGGUUAAAAAGAACAGCAUUUUCUCGGGCUUUACAUCAGCAGCUAGCUUAAUAAGAGAACCACCAACUAGCAGUGCUAGUCCCAGUAGUGAUCCUAUCAGUAAAUUUGGUGGAUUUCAAUCUGCAUCACUUCUCAUGCCAUCAAACUCAAAUGCAUAUAAAACUGGAGGCAAUGAUGACAAAGACUCUGUAACUGGAUCAAAGGAAGUGGAAUGCAUAUUAGUAGAAGAUUCAUUGGAUUCAUUGCCAUCUACUAGUAAGAGACUGAGUCCAGUGGAGCUCAUUUCCAUACCAGCAGAAGGAGGAGGACAUGAUAGUAGACAUGAUGAGAGUAUGAGUCCUACGUGUACUUCAAGAGGAAGAUCGAUUCUUAUAGAUAGUCCUAAUUCUGGGCUUCCUGUGGAAGAGUUGUCAAACUUGUCUUCAGUCGAAACUUGCUCCAUUUUAGACGAGAGACCCCAUCCUAUAUCAGUCAUGGAAGACGGUUCAUGUGUUAUUACUAGUGAAUCAAAAAAUCGUGCAGUUUCUCCUGACAUUGUGACUAAAUCGACAUCUUCUAAAGACAUUGGAAAGGCUCACAUUGCAUCUUCUGUUGUUAAGAUACUCACUCCUCAUUACAGGAAAGGAAAGAUCACUUCUAAAGAACUGUUCAAAAAGUUUGCUAAAAUCCUUUCUGACGGAUUCUAUGACAGACAGAAAUUUGACGAGAGCAAGUGUAAGGAACUAGUGAAGUCUUUCUUUACAAAGCAUAGCAAGUGCACUCAUGAGAAAGACCUGAAGACUUUGAGUAGAUUUUUAACAUCAAGUGACAUCUGAAAUUUUAAUUAUAAUUAUUGAUCAUUAUCACUAACUAGAGAAUAGCUUAUUUCACUACACAACCAAUUGUAAUUGCCUUAGAUCAGGGACUGAUAUCAGUCUGAAUCUGUACCGAUACCAGUCCUGAAUCAUGGUUUUCAUGUAAUCAGUUAUGACACUGUGA